AUGGCGGGACAGCAAUCAAGUUUCGAAUUUGUGAAUGAAAUUCCUAAAAAAGUGAAUAAAACCAGAAAAUCGCGCCCGGCGCGCGUGUUCGCGCCUAAAUUUGUAGUCUCAAAAAAGAGUGCACGACAAAACGCUAGAAGACAGCUUAGUAGUGCCGAGAAACAUCUGUCGAAUUUGCCCAGAGUCCACGGCCACAACUCAAAGAUACCACGACUGGUGAAGGCAAACAAUGAAAAGCAACAACCAUUAUCCGAUGAGCCUGAGGCCGACGAGUUUGCCGGAGAUGUAGAGGAGCCCGACAGCGCCGCGGACUCCGGCACCGACGUCGGACUCCUGGACGACAAUGACGGCCCGCAUGAUGGUGGUGGCGAGAUCCAGAGUGGAUUUGGUGACGACGAUCGCAUCUCACCAGUGCCCGAGGUGCCGCCAAAAUUGGUAACAUACCAGUUAAACAAGAUCUCCGCUCUGGGCAUUGCGGACUUAGGGCUGUUAUCCGCCAACGUGAAUCAGCUACACAACCUUCUAGAUUCUUCGAACACCCAGCCGUAUUAUUACUUCAACUUGACCCUAAUCGCCGCUAGCAUUAUUCUGCAA